CUAUAGGGUAUACAGGUCAACCCUAUUCAGUGUGGGAGGGGCCUACAAAAGGCACGUGUAUCAAAUCACUGGGAGCCAUACUGGAGGCUGGUUAACACAGAGAGCCAGUGAGAAGGCAUUGGGUAAAUUGGAUUUGUGUCCUAAGCCCACAGGUCCUGGUUCCACAAGGAUAAGACAUAAUUGUGAUGUGAGUAGAAAGAAGCCCAAGGAAGAGGAAUCUAUCGUGGAAGGAGAUUCCUGACCUGAGACGUGCCCCAGAGGCUGGAGCAUCCUGGGAAAGAGUGGACCCUGGCAUUGCUGGACCUCAGGCUAUCUUGACUCUUCUACGCAGAACCAGCAAGGUCUGAAUGACAGCUCAACCUUCAGUAAUCAGCAACAGCUGUGUGACAAUGAAGCGUUUGACCCAGAUGAUGGAAAGGAGAGCUUGGCGUUCUCAGGACUCUGCCCUUUCCGAGGAAGAAGAGGAUACAACCAGGUCUCCUGAAACAGUGACAUUUAAGGAUGUGGCUGUGGACUUCACUCAGGAGGAGUGGCAGCAAAUGAAACCUGCUCAGAGGAACUUGUACCGGGAUGUGAUGCUGGAGAACUAUAACAACCUAGUCACAGUGGGUUGUCAAGACACCAAACCAGAUGUGAUCUUCAAGUUGGAGCAAGAAGAGGAGCCAUGGGUGAUGGAGGAAGAAAUGUUUGGGAGGCACUGUCCAGAACCCAGAAGAGGAAGGAACUACUGUGCAUCUAAAGUCAUGGCGGAGGGCUUUCAGUUCAAAGAUGUGGUCAUUUACUUCUCUCAAAAGGAGUGGGAAUGUUUGCACUCUGCUCAGAAGGAUUUGUACAGAGAUGUAAUGUUGGAGAAUUACAACAACUUGAUCUCACUGGGACUUUCUGAUAGUAAGCCAUGUGUCAUCUCAUUAUUGGAGCAGGGGAAAGAUCCCUGGAUGGUUAAGAGGAAGGAGACAAAAGACUGGUGUCCAGAUUGGGAGUCUGGAAGAGACACUAAGAAUUUAUCUCCAAAGAAGGACAGUUAUGAAAUUAAAUCAUUGCAGCAAGAGAUAACGAAAAGACUUACACAGUCUAAUCUCGAGUACACCAGGGUCAUAGGUAACAGAGAAAUCAAAUGCCAGUUGGAAAGACAACACGGGUGUCAGGAAGGACAUUCCAGACAAGCUGUAGUAACCUCUGGAGUUAAUCAGUGCGUAGCUCAAAGAGAACAUCAGAAAAAUCAUACUGGAGAGAAAUCCUGUGAAUGCAAGAAAUGUAAGAAAGGUUUUACGUGCCAGUCACAUCCUAUUCAACAUGAAAAAAUUCAUAAUAAGAGAAAAGACUCUGAAUGUGGAGAAUGUGGGAAAAUCUUUAACAAUAAGUCAGACUUGAUUAAGCAUCAGAGACUUCAUGAAAGCAAAAGAAGUAAUGAAAAUAAGAAAUGUGCCUCUGUUCGUGACUCUGAAAUUACUCAGCCUCAGAGCAUUAAUACAGGUGAGAAACCUCAUAAAUGUAAGGAAUGUAGGAAAGCCUUUCAUACUAGCUCACAACUUAGUCAGCAUCAAAGGAUGCAUAUAGGUGAGAAACCCUAUAAAUGUAAGGAGUGUGGGAAGACCUUUCCAUCUACUGCACAACUUAAUCUACAUCAGAGAAUUCAUAGUGAUGAGAAAUACUACGAAUGUAAAGAAUGUGGGAAAGCCUUUACCCGUCCCUCACACCUUUUUCGACAUCAGAGAAUCCAUACUGGUGAGAAACCCCAUAAGUGUAAGGAAUGUGGGAAAGCUUUUCGUUAUGACACACAACUUAGUCUUCAUCAGAUAAUUCAUACUGGUGAAAGACGCUAUGAAUGUAAGGAAUGUGGGAAAGUAUAUAGUUGUGCCUCACAAUUGAGUCUGCAUCAAAGAGUUCAUACUGGUGACAAACCCCAUAAAUGUAAGGAAUGUGGGAAAGCUUUUAUCUCCGAUUCACAUCUUAUUCGUCAUCAGAGUGUUCAUACUGGUGAGAAACCCUAUAAGUGUAAGGAAUGUGGGAAGUCUUUUUGUCGUGGCACAGAACUUACUCGACAUCAGAGAGCUCACGCUGGUGAGAAACCCUAUGAAUGUGAACAAUGUGGGAAGGCCUUUAUUCGUGGCUCACACCUUACUCAACAUCAAAGAAUUCAUACAGGACACAGGAGUGAAUGAAGAAAUGUGGGAAGGCUCAAAAUUGGGCUGACAUCAGAAAAUUCAUACUGGUUUUUAAAAAAAAUCUGUGGUUAUAAGGAAUGUGGGAAAGCAUUUGAAGCUAACAACUUACUGGAUAUCAGAAUUCAUACUGGAUAUAAGGCCUGAAAGACCUUUAUUUAAGGGCCAGAAUUGAUUUGACACUUAUGAUGAGAAACCUUUAAAAUGUUAGGAAUUGGGAGAGGUUUAUUUGUGUUUCAGAAUUUAUUAGAUAUCAGGGGCUGGCCAGUUAGCUCAGUUGGUUAGAGUGCAGCCUUGUAACAAGGGUCAUGGGUUCAGAUCCCUGUACCGGCCAACCACCAAAAUAAAAAAAGGAAUUAGAUAUCACAGUUCAAUUGAUGAGAAAUUGGAAAACUCCAUGAACAUAAGGAAAGCAGGGGAAGGCCUGUUCAGUGGUUCAGAACCAAGUCAGCCUCAGGGAGUUCAUAAUGGGGAGAAGCUUCAGAGGGCAGUGAAUGUAUUAAAGAAAUUAACCAUUUGGACCUUUAUCAAUGUCAGGGUCAUUAGCUGGCAAAAUGCCAUAUAUGUGAGAUACCAGUUUGCUUUAGCUAAAAUGUUAUUCAUCUGAUAAUUUGUACCUAAUGAAGGCUACAUUAGUGUUAAAAGUUCAACAGAUUCUUACAUUCCA